UGUAAUUUGUGAGACAAAAGCCACACGAUACGCGCGCGAAGACAAGCGCACGCGCAUAAACAUUUCAGUGGACGCGUUCGCGCGCAUCGCACGUUUGUAGCGCGCACGACCGAACGCACCAUGAUGCUCGCAGGCGCGCAAAUCGUGGACGAGCAGAGUGUGGCCUAUAGGCCUGACAUGUCGGGAACAGUGAGGCCUAGUGCCAGCCCCUCCCAAGCCCCUACCCCCGCCUCUCCCCUGGGAACUCAAGGCCUAAGACAAACCGUCGCUAAAAUCCCGAACAGGGAUCCAGUGGAUAUCCAUUUCUCCAAUAUCACAUGUACCGUCAGCUUAGGCAUCAAUAAAGGUCAGAAGCAGAUCCUGCAUGGAGUGCACGGUAGACUACGUCCUCGGCAGCUGAUCGCUAUCAUGGGCCCCUCUGGCGCCGGCAAGUCCACAUUACUCGACGUACUCUCCGGAUACCGUAUUAGUGGCGUUGGUGGAGCAGUCUUCAUUAAUGGAAGGGGGCGUGUCCUUAAGAAGUUCAAGCGCAUGUCGUGCUACAUACAGCAGGACGACCGGCUGCAGGGCCUGCUCACUGUCGGCGAGAACAUGAUGCUCGCCGCAGACCUUAAGCUGCCCACCAAACUAGACAAAUACGAGAAGGGAGAAGUGAUCGAAGACAUCCUGACCAACCUCGGUUUAUACGAGCACAUGAACACUAGCGCUGCGCAGCUAUCUGGUGGUCAGAGAAAGCGACUCUCCAUUGCUCUGGAGCUCAUCAGCAAUCCACUCAUUAUGUUCCUAGAUGAACCCACUACAGGUCUCGACAGUUCCUCGUGCUCGAAUGUGGUGGAACUAUGCCGUAGCUUGGCACAUCAGGGACGGACAAUUGUGUGCACGGUGCAUCAGCCAUCGGCGUCGCUGUUCGCACUCUUCGACCACGUGUACGUACUGGCAGCGGGCAGCUGCCUCUACCAGGGCACUACCGCCAAUCUAGUGCCGUAUCUACACCAAGCCGGCUUACCUUGUCCCAUGUAUCACAAUCCCGCCGAUUACAUAAUAGAAUUAGCGUGCGGCGAAUACGGUGAGGACAAGAUCGAGUACUUGACGAACAAAGCGGAAAAUGGGAGAGACUUGAGCUGGUUCGAAGAGCCAGAGGGCAUUCCUAGCAUGGAGGCGCUCCGCAAGCAGUAUCCACUCAGCGUUCUAAAGGAACAAGACUCAGGACCCGCGGCAGAAGAGACCUCACAAUCCAACCAGACUUCGGUGCUCAUCAAAAGAGGAUUCAUGAAAGCUAAACGUGAUUCUACUAUGACGCACUUGAGGCUUGUGGUGAACGUUGUGGUGGGCAUUAUGCUCGGCAGCUUAUUCAUCAAGGCGGGCAAUGAAGGCUCGCGUGUGAUAGAGAACUACAAUCUACUGUUCGCCAUACUGAUGCACCACAUGAUGUCACCUAUGAUGCUCACCAUACUCACAUUUCCAUCAGAGAUGUCAAUAUUAAUAAAGGAACACUUCAAUCGAUGGUACUCGCUGGGUUCUUACUACAUAUCGAUAACGCUUGUGGAUCUGCCGAUCUCUAUCGUGUCGUGUCUGGUGUUCAGCAUCAUAGUGUACACGAUGUCGUCGCAGCCGCUGGACGUGGUGCGCUUCCUCAUGUUCUUCGCGAUCUCGCUUUACACGGUGCUCGUCGCGCAGAGUUUCGGUCUCAUGAUCGGCGCUGUCUUCAAUGUCGUGAACGGCACAUUCCUGGGGCCUGCGCUCUCAGUGCCAAUGAUGAUGUUCGCCGGCUUCGGCGUGACACUACGAGACCUACCCCCCUACUUGUACUGGGGUUCCUACGUCUCCUACUUACGGUACGGACUGGAGGGACUAAUCGGAGCCAUCUACGGCCUCGAGAGACCGACACUUGAUUGUAACCAGGCCAAAUACUGCCAUUAUAGAUACCCGAGGACGUUUUUAAAAGAAGUAGCGAUGUCACCCGACAUGUUUUGGUGGGAUGUGUUAGCUCUCACCGUCUUCGUCUUCGUUUUAAGAACUGCCGCCUUCUUGUUGUUAAAAUGGAAACUCAAUGCAGUCAGAUAGACUUGCUAAAGUUUUCUAUAGUUACUUCCCCAUUGAAAGUCGUAAUGGUCAAAUUAUUGACUAAUUAACGUCUCUGAGUACGUUAGUUGCCAUGUUGUAUUGUACAGUUAGUAACAAAUGCAAAACCAAAGAUUUCUAUGUAUUUGAAAAAAAAAGACGUUUAAAUAUAAAUUCAUAUGUGAUUAAUUUUCAUUUGACGUAUAUCAUACCCAUAGUUAUAUAACCUAUAGAUUACCUUAUCCGGAGCACAAAAGCGUAAAUAAGACCAUUUAAUGUCUUUUUUUUUUUUUAAAUUCAUUCAGUGUUGCCAUUUGUAAU